CCUCCCAAUGACCUUUGGACUAGUUUCUACAGAAAGCUUUUCAGUGGACAAGCGUUCCCUUGGAAAAUUACCGGCAAGCACGUUAGAAUAAUUGUAGCGUAACCUGUAUGUAUUUAUUUCUGAUCAAAGUCGAAGAUGUCAUUUACAUCAGCUAUCUCACGAAUUUCGUCGAUAGCUGUUCUGCCGUCAGUUCGUUUUACAUUACGUUAUCGCAUCGCCCUUCGAAGGAUGGUUUCACAGCUUCCAGCCGGUUGUUCGGUGAUUCGAGGACAGUUUGACUCUCUACCCACUAAAGUACAGGAAUACGUGGCUGACAAAGCUGAACUCUGCCAACCGGACAACAUUUACAUUUGCGAUGGGUCCAAGGAAGAGAACGAAUCAUUAAUAAACGAAUUGAUCGAAAGUGGUGUGUUGACUAAACUUCAUAAAUAUGACAACUGUUUCUUAGCCCGCACUGAUCCACGCGAUGUGGCACGAGUGGAAUCUAAAACGUACAUCUGUACAGAGGACAAAGGAGAAUCCAUCCCAACAGCAAAGGAUGGAGUUGAAGGCCGGCUGGGUAAAUGGAUGAGCGUAAAGGAUAUGAACAAGGAGUUGAGUAAAAGAUUUCCUGGUUGUAUGAAAGGCCGUACCAUGUAUGUCAUGGCAUUCAGUAUGGGUCCAGUUGGGUCUCCUGUGUCUAAGAUUGGUAUCCAAGUCACAGACUCUCCUUAUGUGGUCUGUUCCAUGCGCAUCAUGACUAGGAUGGGUGCAGAGGUUAUGAAAGUUCUGGGAAACAACGGCUUUGUGAAGUGUCUACACUCAGUUGGUUUGCCUAAACCUGAACCACCAUCCCAGUUCAAGUGGCCUUGUAAUCCAGAUAGAACCAUUAUCUCUCACUUUCCUCAUGAUCGUGAAAUCAAAUCAUUUGGAAGCGGUUAUGGAGGAAAUUCUCUGUUGGGAAAGAAAUGCUUUGCUCUACGGAUUGCCAGCACAAUUGGUCGUGACGAAGGAUGGUUGGCAGAACACAUGCUGGUUGUUGCUCUCACAAACCCCCAGGGUGAAAAGAAAUACAUUGCUGCAGCCUUCCCAAGUGCCUGUGGAAAGACCAAUUUGGCCAUGAUGACACCAACAUUGCCAGGUUGGAAGGUUGAAUGCAUUGGGGAUGACAUUGCCUGGAUGUGGUUUGAUGAGGAAGGUCAACUGAGAGCUAUUAAUCCUGAAUUUGGCUUCUUUGGAGUUGCACCAGGAACAUCGAACAAGACCAACCCAGUUGCUAUGGAUACAUGCAAAAAGGGAACAUUGUUCACGAAUGUUGCACAAACAGGCGAUGGUGACUUUUAUUGGGAAGGUUUGCCGCUACCAGAUGCAGAUGUAACUACUUGGCUUGGAGAGAAAAAUUGGAAGCCUGGAAAAACUAAGGCAGCACAUCCUAAUUCCAGAUUCUGUGCACCAAUAAGCAAUUGCCCAAUCAUGGACAAAGACUGGGAAAAUCCCAAGGGUGUUCCCAUCAGUGCUAUACUGUUUGGUGGCCGACGCCCAAGAGGAGUUCCUCUGGUGUAUGAAGCCUUUAAUUGGCAGCAUGGGGUUUUCAUUGCUUCAUCCAUGUCCUCUGAAGCCACCGCUGCUGCUGAACAUCAGGGAAAAAAUAUCAUGAGAGAUCCUUUUGCUAUGAGGCCUUUCUUUGGGUACAAUUUUGGCAAGUACAUGGAGCACUGGUUAAGUAUGGGAAACAAUCCAAAUCACAAGUUACCAAGAAUUUUUCAUGUAAACUGGUUCCGUCUUGAUGAAAAUAACAAGUUUUUGUGGCCAGGAUUUGGAGAGAACAGUCGUGUGCUAGAGUGGGUGCUGCGACGUUGUGAUGGAGAGGACAUUGCCAAGCCUAGCCCAAUUGGCUUCAUACCCAAGAAUGAUUCAAUUAAUGCUGAAGGUCUUGGAGAACUGAACAUGAAGGAGCUGUUCAGUAUUCCCAAGAACUAUUGGUUGGAAGAGUGCCGCUCCCUGCGACAAUACUAUGAAGAGCAGCUAGGGGAUGACUUACCAAAUGCUGUUAGAGAUGAGCUAAAUGCUCUUGAAGAAAGGCUUAAGCAGUAAUCAAUAGUUCCACGUAAUUACAUACUGUUGGCUACAUUUGUUUUAUUUAUACCACUCGUACAUCAAUUGAUUGGUUGUAUGCGGUAAAGGAAAUUGAUUUACUGAGCUACUAGUAAUUUAACUAUAAGUAUCAGUACCAAUUAGUGCAGGUAAAAAAAUUGGACAAAUAGUGAGUUUUUUAGUAGUUAGAAUGAUGAUCUAAUAAAGAGAGGCUACCUUUAUUUUUAAAGUUAGCUUGUGAAGACUAACAAUAACAAGUACUUAUUUAUUAUUUGAACAAAUUGAAAGACAAAAUUUGAAUAGCUAAAUGCCAGUGUAAACAUUUUCUGUAGGGUAGUUAGGUAGUAUAGUCAAACAUGCAUUGUUAAAUGAUCAUUUGAAUAAUGAUAACUCCCAGUAGAAAAAUGAUCUUUUUCACUGAUUUCAAUUUUUUAUUUUUUCCUAUUUGCCUUCAAUUUGUUGAGUAACAUACAUAUCUCAUUAUAUGUCUAAGUAAUGAGGUUCAGUUCCCCAAGUUAAGUCACUAACUUAAUGAGAUCCAAUAGGUCACAUUUAGAGUGAUAAGGUAACCUAUCAAAUAAAUAUGUUGCUGACAUUUUAUUACAUAGGAAGGUGUUAAAAAUGUUUUGCGGCAUUACUACAUGUAUUAACAAGUUGUAUUUUUUUUGUCUCAGUAAUGGAAUGUUAUUUAGGUUGGUCUUGAUUUGGCCAUUUUUUUUUUGUCAAUGGCUCAUUUGCUAGUAGGUUACUAGAGGAGUAAUUGUUACAAAUAGGAGUCAUAAAUCUUGCAACCCUUGCUGGUUAAGGAAUGUGGCAAUGCUAUUUCGGGACAAAAGUAUCUCAAUGUUGUUUUCCUUCUGACACAGAAAGCACAUAUUGUGUCAAAUGAACAUGCUUAUUCAAAGAGUUAAAAUCAAGGCUGAACUGGUUUAAGUGAGUUUCAUCCCCAGACAUGUUAAUUUGUGGAUCAAAGUUGUGACAAAGUGAGAUAUCAAGUUUACACCUAUCUCCAUUGGAAAAAUAGUGGAUGGUGCUCUUUUGUGGGAUAACUGAUUUUGCUCCAAGCAGUAUAAUUUGUUUUGCUGGCACUCAUUCAGUAGAUAGUUAGUGUGUUUACUAUAGUGUUUUCAUAACCGAGGCCUAAAUGAAAUCAAAUCAAGAUUUUGCCCAAAGGGCUAAAUUCUCAAUUCUCACUUCUUUGUCAAGUCUGGGAGAGGGAAAGAGAUGUUUCAAAUGUAAAAUGCUGUAGUUUGUGAACAGUCUUUGGAUUGGGCUAUGAAAUAAUUUCAGCUAAACUUCUAUUUGUACAUCCUUUAUAGACAAUCACAACUAGCUAGGUUAUAGAAGUGUAAUUUUUUUAACUUAUCAAAUAAACUACAUUUGGUUUAGAAUUAAAA